AUACUUAGUUAGUUAUUGAUUAGUAGCUAUAUAUAUAGAGAGAGAGAGAAUGGAGAACAAUAAUUUUCAUGGUGAUUUAGCAGACAUUUUUCGACCAGGAAGCGUUAACUCAUCGAUAGAUCCAGGUGGGGUUUCAGUAGAUCAUUGGCAAUACUUUGAUCAUGAUAAUCAAGAAAUUACACAUCCUCAUCAAAAGUCAAACCUUUAUGAUGAUGACGAUGAUGAUCAUGAGGGUUUUGGUCAACCCUGCUUUACAAGUCUUUUAUCAGAUCCAUUAAUAGCACCACAUCAAGGAACUUCAUCAUCAUCAACUCCUCCUCCAUGCUUCUUUGGAACAACAACAGCAAGUAAUGAUUUAGUAGCAGAUGAACAACAACCAUCUUCAACGACAACAAGAAUACCAUCAUUAAGAUUCGAUGAUCAUCAUCAGCAUCGUCACCAGAAGACUACCGUCAACGUUAACCAUAAUAAUCAAAAUAUAUUUUCAAAGAUGUUACAAAUUUCACCAAAUGCUACAAAGUCAUCAACAAAUAAUAAUGAAAUGAAUAUGAUCAUUACAUCUUCUACUACUUCUAAUUCUUCUUCUUCUACUACUUCCGCAACAAAACGUGGGUUGAUGGAAGCUUCUACCACCUUACAGAUCUCGUCACAGCGAAAUCCAGGCAUCAAGAGAAGGAAGAGCCAGGCAAAGAAAGUAGUGUGCAUACCGGCACCAGCACCUGCAAAUAGUAGACCCACGGGAGAAGUUGUUCCUUCGGACCUAUGGGCUUGGCGAAAGUAUGGCCAAAAGCCUAUCAAAGGCUCUCCUUACCCCAGAGGCUACUAUAGAUGUAGCAGCUCAAAAGGAUGCUCAGCAAGGAAACAAGUGGAAAGAAGUCGAACCGACCCUAACAUGUUGGUUAUCACCUACACUUCUGAACACAACCAUCCCUGGCCCACCCAACGUAACGCUCUAGCCGGUUCCACUAGAACCCCACAACCCCCCAAGACCACCACCACAAACACCACUACAACCGAACAACCGCAACAAAAAGAAGAAAUCAUGGCAACAACUACAGUAGAAGAUGAAAUUAGAAAUGGAUCAUCGGUGGUACUUCAAGUAGUAAAAGACGAGUUACAAGUAUUUGAAGGAGCUUUCCCUCAAGGGUAUAGGCCCGAAUUGCCAGCAGGAGGAGGAGGAGGAGGAGGUGGUGGUGGUGACGAUUUCUUUUCGGGUUUAGGAGAGAUAGAUGUUGAUCCUAUCAGCCUGUUGUUGAAUCAAGGUUUCUUGGGUGGUGGUGAUGAUGAAGAAGCUCAAAAUUUUAACAAAGAUUUGGAUCCUUUUGGUUGAUAUUAUACACAUACAAUAUAUAACCCACAAUUAAUAAUAAUUAAGAUUUGGCGGAUUAAUUAAUUAUUAUUUUGUUUAAAGGAAAUUUUAUUCAUUUGUUGUUUGGUGCUUGUAUAAUUGAGUAAAAAUAUAUAAUUUCUUUUUCAUUUUGUUA